AAACGCUAUAAGUGAGAGGGCAAAGAAUUAGAGAGAGACGCUUGCAAACUGCACACACCAUUGCUCCCACCACGUUUGCAGGGCAGUGUGACACUUUUCUGUCGGAUCUUUUCGUUUUAUGUGAAAAUAUGUCAAAUUAGUAUCUUAAUUUCAUCGAAAUUAGAAAUAUAGAUUAGAAGUAAUUAUGAAGGAAAUAAACGAACAAGCAGACUUAUCGAGUUCAGAAGAUGAAGCGUUUACAAAUAGUCUGAGGGAGGCGAUCGAUCAGCAGUUUCUACACGAUGAUAUGUAUAGCGCGGAGAAAAAAGUUACUCAAUCUGUUUCAAAAGAAACGAUGACCAAUGAACUAGACAAAAAUUUAAAAACAAACUUGAGACAAGAGGAUAAAUUUAUGAAUUUUGGUGUUACUCCUACAUUUCAGAGUUAUAUAGCCAAGAAACUAAGUGAAAUUUUGGAACGAGAUAUAGAAUUAGAGAGCAGUGAAACUAGCAAUUGUCACAGUAAACAGAAACGAAAGAAGGACAAGAGCUCUGGAAUAAAACUUUUAAGCACGUCAACAAAUUUGUUGAUUAUCAAAAAAAAAAUCAGAGAGAAAAAGUCAGAGAAUUUGGAGUAUGAGAGAAGAUUCAAGAGGAAUAGACAGAUUGUCCAGGGUAUGGAAGAUGAUAAAAGUUUGUCAAAGUUUCGAGAGGUUGCCGUUGAUCCUGAACAUAUAUUGAACAAAUUAGAUACAGAAGCUUGGGUUAACAGACGUCCGGAACCAGAAUUCAAGUAUAAAAGAUUAAAAAAUGGCACUUUAGUCGAGAUAUAACAUUGUUUUUUUUAUUUGCAAUUGUGUGUAUAUAUGUUAUAUAUGAUAUGUAUAUAUGGUAUGUAUAUACAUUAUAUAAAUAUAAAUGUAAGAUCGUUUUCUAUAAUUUUCUUAUUUUUAUUAUCAAUUGUCAAUAAAAUAUGCUUUUUCUUCUCCC